CCAUGGCCUUGAAGAAAUGAAACAAGGGACUCGUCAGCUUGAAGCACUGACUGCAGGUAAGCGGGAGUUAAUAACCACGAGGGGUCAAUGUUGAGGGGCAUUCCUCCUGGCGAAGAGCCGACGUCAUCAGCUUACAAGUUUGGAGCUAACUGCGAAGAGAGCUGGGAAGCUGAUCAUGGUCCAUGCCAUGUGACUUUGGAGCUUAAUCAAGCACGUGACUUUUUGAUAUUAGGUAAGGUGUCUUAGGUAAGCGUAGCCUGAGGGUGGCAGAAACUUCAGAUCUUGGACUUUAGGUGGUUUGCAGGGUCCAGCGGUAACCACACGAUACGCCAAUUACCGCGGCCAAUCGCCUUCAGCCCGGUCCUCGAGGUCCAUACAAAGUCAAAUCAAAUCUCAAGUCGCCUGUACAACUAUUUACUCGUUACGGGACCCUCGACGACAGACCAUCAAGUCACAAUGGAGUUUCGAAGCCUCGUCCGACCAGUCGCCAGGCUAUUCAGCCCUCGUGCUGCCCUUCCUACCGUUCCUUGCCGUGGCCACAAGACAACAAGCCGAACAAAACGAUCUUUAAAGAUUGCUCCUCACGAGUCCUUUCUCCCCGACCGAAAGGCAGCCUUCCCCGCCUCCGACUCUAUCAUCUACAACCCUCCUUCUUCCGAGGCCUCUCCUCUUCACACACCUUUCAUCUUUCUCCCACACAACGACCCUCGCCGUGCCGCUCUCACACGAAUGCGACACACCCCGGGCUCUCCUCUGGAACCUAUUGCACCCGGCAAGCUUGCCCCAAAGAUGGACUAUCCUCGACGCAAUCCUGUAUACAACCUCAAGGCUGAGGAUAUCAGGGAGAUGAAGCGACUAAGGGCAGACGAUCCCGUUACAUGGAGUGUGAAUAAACUGGCUGAAAAGUUUGGCUGCUCGCCCGUUUUCGUCAAGAUGGCUGCUCCUGCACCCAAGACACAUGUUGAGGGUCUUAAGCGCAAGCAGGAGAGGAGGGAAUCACGAUGGGGUGCUAUUCGAACCGCCGCAAGAGAGGACCGCAAGAGGAGGACAGACAUGCUGUACCGUGGCGAGUUGUAAGGAGUUUAUUCUUCGAUGUGUCGGUGUGGCACAGCCUAUCAGACUUGUACAAACAUGGAAAAUCGUCUGGGUUGAUGUAGGAUUAUGGUCAUAAGGAAUGAAGUGAAAUGCGAAUAGUGUUGAUUCCGGCCCAACGGGAGGGCAAAAAUCUGUAUAAUUGCCAAAUACCAAAAACUCCCUGAAUACAAUAGCCUCUUGUAUUCUUUACCCUUGUCUCCCUAUUUCAUGUAUCAUGAAUAGCGUAUGCCGACGAGUUUAUGGCAUUCAAUGCCCAACAAUUCUCCAAUUGUGUCCCAUAUGUACCCCUUGUUCCCACAUAGCAAACAAUUAAAGCUAAUCCAAGAUGUUGAUACACACCUAUAUACGAACAUUCGUUAAAUCAAUCAAGAAAAACUAUACGAAGCAACUUUUGUUCUAAUC